GGGCGGGGUCACUGUGGGCCGGGGCUUUUCGUAAUAACGGAAGCGCGGGACUGGGAAGAUGUGAAGCUAAGACGCUGGGACCUUCACCCUGGGACCUGCACGCUGGGACCUUCACGCUGAGACCUUCACGCUGGGACCUUCACGCUGGGCCCUGCACGCUGGGACCUUCACGCUGGGCCCAGCACGCUGGGACCUUCACGCUGGGCCCUGCACGCUGGGACCUUCACGCUGGGCCCUGCACGCUGGGACCUGCACGCUGGGACCUUCACCCUGGGACCUGCACGCUGGGACCUGUACGCUGGGACCUGCACGCUGGGACCUUCACCCUGGGACCUGCACGCUGGGACCUUCACGCUGGGCCCUGCACGCUGGGACCUGCACGCUGGGACCUUCACCCUGGGACCUGCACGCUGGGACCUGCACGCUGGGACCUUCACGCUGGGCCCUGCACGCUGGGGCUUGCAGGAUAGUACUGUAAAUACAGACUGAUCCCUCCACGCUGGGAUCUUCACGGUGGGGCUCGCAGCAGAGUAACACCCGGACUGAUGCCUCAGCGCUGGGAUCUCCACGCUGGAACAGGUAUCGUACAGGAGUAUCGUACAGGAGUAUCAUCCAGACUGAUCGCUCCGCGCUGGGACCGUGGGUCUCGGGGAGUCGCACGCGGCCGGGCUGGUCGCCUCUGCGCCCCCUGCCGAGCCCCCCUGCCGUGAGGAUGGAGCCGCGGGCGCGGGGCACGAAGAGGAAGCGACGCGAGGCGGGGAGUCGUCUCCGCUCUCCUUGCCUCUCUCCCCCACACAGGUCCCAGCCGAUCACCAACUUCUUCAAGCCCAAACCGUUGAGCGACCUCGGGGGUGCAUCUCUCCCCACCGAGGUCCCCGCACCAGAAAAAGUCAUGUUGCCAUCAAUCCAGCUCGGGCCCUGCGUCAACGCCAUGGACCCUAUUGUCUUCCUUGGGCCCCGGAUUAGGGCUCCAAGCGGUGGUGCUGGUGACGGUGCUGGUGGUGGCGGCCGCAGUUGUAGUGGUGAUGGUCCCGGUGCUGGUGGUGGCAGUGGUGGGGUGAGUGGGGCGGUGGAUAGGGCGGUGAGCGGUGGGGUGAGCAGGGUGGUGAGCCGGCCCAUGAGCUACAAGCCGGUGUUGGUGCUGGAGAAACUCCAGGAGGACGAGGUGCUCUUCCAUACAUGCUCGUCCUCCAAGUUGGCGCUGGACGUCUCCUCGGGCGGCAGGAAUAAGCGGCGAGCGAGUGGCGCGACAAAGAGUGACGACGAUGGCAGUGGAGAACGGAGGGCUGGUCGUACGAACAGGUUGCAGUCAUCCUUUGACCAUUGUGACGGUGGUGGUGGUGGUGGUAAUGACGCCGACGAUGAUGACGAGGAGGAGGAGCUGCCGAGCCUGAGGACAAGGACGGUGCAACAGGCGACUAGGCUGUCCCCUGAGACCCCCAUCAUGGAACGGCUCCGUGCCAUAGCGCAGCAGAGAGAGCGUACCCAGAGCGAGGGGGCUGUCCUGCCCCGCGCCCUGCACUGGCAGCCGCACACCAGCGACGAGGAGGACGAGGGUGAGAUGGACGAGGAGGGGGUGUCUGAACGGCAGCUCCAGGAGGUGCCCAACCUCCCUAGCUCGCUGCAGCACGUGCUCCAGGCCCACAUGGGCCCCGUCUACUCCGUCCCGGACCACCCUCCCGGCGAGGUGCUGCUGGGCCCGCCGUGCGCCAGUUGCGGUGCACCCUUUUCGAGCGCCCCCUUGCGGCUGGACGGCCUCUCCGAUGAGCCGCUGGGCACCAUGCUGCGCAGUGGUGCUGGCCUGUUGGAGCUGGUGGAGCUGGUGCAGUCUCGACUCAGCCCAGUGCAGUGGGAGCAGCAAUGGCUCUUCAGGGUGGUGGUGAGAGUGGACAGGGACGUGGAGGCAGAUAUGGCGCGUGCGGCAUUGUGGAAAAUCUGCAGCCGGAGUCGUGGACGACCUGUGUGGGUGCCAUCGCUGCUGGAGUUCUUCUGGGCGCUGGCGAUGUUGGGCAUCCCGUACUCCGCCAUCUUCCCUCAUCCCCACUUCACCGUCGGCGAGCUCCUCCAUUGCUCAACGUUAUCUGCGGAUGCGGCUGCCCCCCUGGCUGCCUCCCUGGCUGCCCCCAUGGCUGCCCCCUUACCGGCGCAGGCUGGGACUGCCAAUCACUCCCAGCUCCUCCGCCUCUCCAUGCUGCUCCAGGUGCUGGCGGGCUGCCUGUCUUCUUGCCCCUCCGCCUACUCCGACCGCGAGCUCUCACUGCUCAUCUUGGCCAUCGGGCGCCUGAACCUCGACCCCGCCCUGCGACCCCUGACCUCCGACCUCCAGCAGCUGCUGCACGUGGCUCUGGGCGGCGUGCGGUGCUGGGCAGAGCAGAUGCCGCCUCUGCUCUGCUUGCUGAGCCAGCUGUCGAGCCACCAUCACAACCUGCUCAGCCUCGUGCAGAUGCUGCCCUCCUACGAGCCGUGCUGCAGGCAACUGCAAAGAUGCCUCUGCUUGGCAGUGAUUGGUCAGCUUCUGAAAGAGCCGCGGCUUUCGUUCGCACACAGCGAGGAGGGCAGCAAAGACGAAGUGGAGGUCUCGCUGCUGCUCCCUUUCCUGCCCAGGAUGAUGUGGAGCUCGCUGGUGCGGCUGCUUCACACGGAGGAGGGGGAGUUGGGGGACGUAACUCGGAGCGAGGGAGGCAAUAGCGGCAACCAGCUGAAGAGAGACAUGGAGGCGUGCUACUUGAGCUGCUCGCUGCUGACGCUGGCGGACGUGUACGUCGGUGUGCAGCGCCUCUCGCAAGCCCAGCGGAAACCACUGAUGAAGUUGGUGGAGCUGCUGCGUCGCGUGCAGAAUGACGUGCGGGACAGUCCCCAACGCCUCUACCGCUCCAAGCUGAAGAAUCUUAUCCUGCGCAUCGAGUGUCGCUGGCAAGACAUACUUGGGUGCAUGCAGCCCACACAGGGCAAUCUGUUCAACUUCUGGAAUCCCUACGAAUUAUCAGAUGAGGAGGUGUGGAGCAAUGAGGAGUUUGAUGAGGAGAAGAAGGAAAUGAAGAAGUGAGACGAGGAGUGGUAAGAUGGGGAGUGACGUGAAGAGGUGACGCAAGGAGUGGGAGGUGUGACGACAUGAGGAGGUGUGGGAUGAGGAAGCUGUCAGAAGAGGUUUUCAACACGAGGAGGUGAGCACAGGUGAAUCUUGGUCCCGGCGAGGUGUGGUGUUGGUGGCCGCGUGGUGGACUCACUGCGGGCUACUCAGGAGGCUACUCGGGGCCCCAGAGAGCAAGGCACGACAAGACGAGCACAUGGGCCGGCCUCAUGGCGUCAUCAUAACUUACAAACGUGAUGCAGCUGGGCGACAUUGCGGAAAUCAAAGAACGAUGUCCUCACAACCUGUUGACAUGUGAGUGGACGGAUAAAGAGUGAUCCGAGAAAACACCAAGACUUGUAGCUGUGUGUGUUGGGUACGCUUUCUGACCGCUCGUCACCAGACUGAGGGGGCCAAACUUGGGCAGCUGGUAGGAGAAGUCAAUGGGAAGGAUCUCGGAUUCAUCACCGUUGGAGAAAAUUAUGCGGUGUCCAAUGUUUUACGAGCAAGAGCGAGGAUGAAAGCGCGCAGCCCGAUCCCAGGUCGACGUAGAUUUGCGUGUAGUCCAUGCAGCGAAGGUAACGUAGCGCCUGGCGUUGCAGGAGAAUUCCAGGCAGGGCCGUGUACGCAACGAAUAAAGAGGCCGUUGUGCUGAGAGCGUUACCCGGGGCCGUGCGAGAGCAUUUCAGGAGUGCUUCCGCUAUUGACAGGGAGAGGGUCGUCGGAUUUCCUGCUCGACUUCGACCCAUUCCACUCCAUCAAACACGGCUCUCACUGCAGCUACGUCAGAGCUACCGAGACGCUGCUGUGUGGACUCGGAGAAGAGCGGUGCAGUGUGCAACCACCCCAGAGUGUUGAUGUGCUGUCUCAUAUCGAUAGUUUUAUUGUUAAAUUGUCUCGCGAUGUUCUUCGUAAUUGGUGUUUAUGUUUGUGUGUUUUUUAAACAAAAUCUUGUGAUACUCCGGGGUCGUUACGGCGUCACGUCGGGCAUUGGCUUGGGCGAUGUUCGCCAGCACAGGGCAGUGCCGCCGGUGUUGAUUUCACUAUCGGCGUGGUUCACGUGAGAGCUGGUGCUCUUUCAUACUGGGGUGCUCCACACUGGGGUGCUCCACACUGGGACCCUCCACAAUGGGGCGCUCCACACUGGGACCCUCCACACUGGGACCCUCCACACUGGGACCCUCCACACUGGGGCCCUCCACACUGGGGCGCUCCACACUGGGGCGCUCCACACUGGGACCCUCCACACUGGGACCCUCCACACUGGGGAGCUUCAUCCUGGGGCGCUCCACACUGGGGAGCUUCAUCCUGGGGCGCUCCACACUGAGGAGCUCCACACUAGGACCCUCCACACUGGAGCGCCCCGCACUGGGGCACUCUACGCUGGGGUGCUCUGCAAUGGGGAGCCCAACACUGGGGCGCAGGCCUCCGUCCACAGUGAAGAGGAGCUCGUGUGGAUAUCUCUAGCGCCUCCCCAUGUUCUUCCCGUGUUCUUGUGUUGCUGUUGGCUCACUCGAGGUGGCGGGGCUCUCUGAGCGUCCAGUCCAGGGUACCUGUGAUAUGCGUAAGGAAUUUAAAUAAAAGAGUAAUCUAUU